AUGCGUCUCUCCGCGGCGCUCUACUCGGCCAAUCACGCCUGGCUGGGAGGCUUGAAAUCAGCACAAUUGCAGCGUAUUGCCCGCGCCACAGGCAUCCAGUCAUCAGGGACGAAAGGUGUACUUAUUGAGCGCAUUGCCACAGAGUUGGACUUGCAGGAUGGCAUUGCCGGAUGUUCAACCUCGACUUCCAGCGAGGGCAAGCCACCAAAACAGAGUCCGCCGUGGAGUAUCCUCAGCAUCGACAUGGGAAUUCAGAAUCUCGCGUUUGCUCAUCUACGAGCUCCCCGUUCUUCGGAAUAUGGUUUCAAUUCCGAAGACUCGCAUUAUACACCAGCCUUGGAGUUAACGGCAUGGCAUAAACUUGCCGUAUCAGAGAUAUCGAAUCUGAACCUCAAACCAUCAACACCAUCGGAAACCGCGACUCAUAGCGCAAAGGUUAACUCAAAAGAAAUUGAAAAAGAAAAAGAUAAUUACUCGCCGGACCUCUACGCCCAAAAUGCGUACAAACUAAUAACAUCCCUCUUGGAAGCCUACAAGCCAACCCACAUUCUAAUUGAGCGUCAGCGUUUUCGCUCCGGUGGGGGAAGCGCAGUGCAGGAAUGGACACUGCGCGUUGGUGUCUUCGAAGGCAUGCUGUAUGCCAUUGUACAUGCCUUACGGAAAGAAAGGGGUGGCUCUUUGCAAGAUGUUGUUGUUCAGGGCGUUGAGCCGAGGAGAGUUGUUCGGUAUUGGCUUGAAGGUGGCACCGGCAAAGAUGCCAAUAAGAAAGAAGAUGAUGGCAAGGCGAAGAGACUGACUGCGAGAGAUGUAAAGAAGGCCAAAAUUGAUCUUGUUGCGGGCUGGCUUUCUUCUGCCUGGAAAAAUCAAGACCCAGCGAGUGGUGGUAGCGCAGUUCGCACCAUGGAACCUGGCCCAUUGGUAGAUAACAAGAUCGUGCUGGCUUACCAAUCUGAGUCUCCUGUUUUGCAGCAAGUUUCCGCUGGAUUUCUAAGAAAAUGGUUGGACCAGACGACUAGGAAGUCCAAGACGGCGAAGUCUCAGACAGAGGGCCAGGCGACUGUAAUCAAGGCUCCCUCGGUUAAUUCUACUGCUGAAGCAGUGGCCCUUUUACCAGAAUCUACAGCUAUUGACCCGGGAAAGCUGGACGAUCUAGCAGAUUGCCUACUGCAGGGCGUGACAUGGGUUGAGUGGCAGAUGAUGCGGGAACGACUUUCAAAAGAGGGGAUACAGGCAUUGGACUUGAGACACGAAUAA